AUACUACUCCCUUCCCCAUCUGCUGCGCCCUGCUCCUCUGCCGCUGCUGCUGGCUGCCUUCUUCUUCGGGCCUCCGCCUCCGCCCCCGCCUCGCCGCCGUCGCUCUCUCUCUCACACACAGACCUCCAGUAACUCGGCGUCCGUCCAGGGGAGAGGAGGGGGGAGGCGCGGGACAGGACGCGCACCCGCGCUCGCGCCGCCGGAGAGGAGACGGGGCGCGCGGAGAUCCGCACUCCGAGCAUGCGGCCCGGGGCCGCCCGCCGGUAGAUGAAAUUGAGGAACACAGCAAUAACACGAGCAAAUUCAGCCUGUCUUCCAAUGGGGGAUCGUGUUGCUGUCAAGUACAAUAGUGUCAAUGAGGGCGAGGAGCGUAAGGGAGGCCAUGGCAUUCCCAAAGUUUCCAUGGUCCCUCUCAUCUUCCUCAUAUUCUAUGAGGUUUCUGGGGGUCCCUUUGGGAUUGAGGACAGUGUCAAGGCUGCUGGGCCACUGCUAGCAAUUGCGGGUUUUCUUCUGUUUGCACUCAUAUGGAGCAUUCCAGAAGCUCUAAUCACUGCAGAGAUGGGCACUAUGUUCCCAGAGAAUGGUGGUUAUGUUGUCUGGGUCUCUUCUGCUCUUGGUCCCUUUUGGGGGUUUCAACAAGGUUGGGCGAAGUGGCUUAGUGGUGUCAUUGAUAAUGCUCUAUAUCCGGUCCUCUUUCUUGACUAUGUCAAGUCCAGUGUUCCAGCUCUUGGAGGUGGGCUACCAAGGACCUUGGCGGUGCUUAUCCUCACAGUUGCACUUACAUACAUGAACUACAGAGGUCUGACCAUAGUUGGCUGGGUGGCAGUCUUUCUUGGGGUGUUCUCCCUCCUCCCAUUCUUUGUGAUGGGAUUGAUAGCUAUUCCCCGGAUUGAACCUUCAAGGUGGCUUGAGAUGGACUUGGGGAGUGUGAAUUGGGGAUUGUAUCUGAACACACUGUUUUGGAACCUCAACUACUGGGAUUCAAUCAGUACAUUGGCUGGAGAAGUCGAGAAUCCAAAGAGGACCCUCCCGAGAGCUCUUUCUUAUGCUCUAGUUCUAGUGGUGGGGGGAUACCUGUACCCUCUGAUCACUUGUACAGCAGCAAUUCCAGUUGUUCGGGAGCACUGGUCAGAUGGGUAUUUUUCAGACAUUGCAAGGAUUCUCGGUGGUGUCUGGUUGCACUCAUGGAUUCAAGGAGCUGCUGCAUUGUCCAACAUGGGCAACUUCCUUACGGAAAUGAGCAGCGAUUCUUACCAGCUUCUUGGGAUGGCCGAGCGCGGAAUGCUCCCUGAAUUCUUUGCCAAGAGAUCUCGCUAUGGAACCCCACUGAUUGGCAUCCUGUUCUCGGCCUUUGGUGUGAUCCUGCUGUCCUGGAUGAGCUUUCAGGAGAUCGUUGCCGCUGAGAACUACCUCUACUGCUUCGGCAUGAUCCUAGAGUUCAUUGCCUUCAUCAAGCUGAGGAUGACACAUCCAGACACCUCUCGGCCCUACAAGAUCCCUCUAGGCACCAUUGGUGCUGUCCUGAUGAUCAUCCCUCCUGCUCUCCUGAUCGUGGUGGUGAUGGCCCUCGCAUCCUUCAAGGUGAUGGCAGUAAGCAUCAUGGCAAUGAUCAUCGGGUUCGUGCUGCAGCCAUGCCUGGUGUACGUGGAGAAACGGCGGUGGCUAAGGUUCUCCAUCAGCGCAGACCUGCCUGAUUUGCCAGAUUCGCACGAAGCUACCAGCGAUGAUGCCGUUCCUCUCGUCUUCUGAUCCACCUGUGCUAUAUUCUGGAGGUGUAGUUCCCAAUCGAAUCAGCCUAGGAUGAAAUGGAAUACACUGGGAUCCACGACUUGUAUCUCCUGAUGAGCUCCGAAGUUAUUUGAUCUUAGACCAUCGUGUGUAAUGCUGCAUUCCACUGUCAUCAUGGUGUUAUUGAAUUACAUGUUGGCAUCAGCUGGAAAUGUAAAGCCUGUGGUGGUAAAUGGAGCUCCUAAACAUGCAUGUUGUUUCGUGUCCUGUCGUUUAGUUUGACCUUUACUAUUGAUAGAUCCACGAUAAUGGUUUAACACGA